GACUUUGGGAAGCUCUGCCCUCCAAGUCCGGCCUGAUCCCGAUCAGAAUUCGUAUGGCGAGUGAGUGACGCUCAUCCACGGUGGGAGAAGACGUAUAAAAACCUGGGAGGGCCGACCAUGUCUGCGCUCUUUCGCGCGGUCACUCUCCUCCAUGGCUCCCCGCUUCCUCACCAGCCUCGUUCCCCGCAGGGAGCAACGCGCGGAGGGCAGACCCCUCCUCCAGGUCCUGCGCUCCUUGACCUGGGUGCAGUGGGGCCAUUUCUGGUCAGGAUGGCUCGCCUGGACGUGCGACGCUGUUGAUUUCUUCAGUGUCUCUCUCAGCGUGUCGAACCUGCAGAACCAGUUCGACAAGGGCACGAACACCAUCACGACUGCUAUCACGCUCACAUUGCUCUUCCGUUCUGCUGGCGCCGUCAUCUUCGGUAUCCUCUCUGAUCGCUACGGCCGCAAAUGGCCUCUCGUUGCCAAUCUGCUCAUGGUCUCCGUUCUCGAGCUCGGGGCUGGGUUCGUUCAGACAUUCAAACAGUUCCUUGCCGUCCGCUCGCUCUUCGGCAUCGCCAUGGGCGGCAUCUGGGGCCUCGCCGCGUCUACCGCCCUCGAAAAUCUUCCUGUCGAGGCGCGCGGUCUCGCAAGCGGUGUCCUGCAGCAAGGCUACGCCGUCGGAUAUCUGAUCGCGGCCGUCAUCAACCUCUUCCUCGUGCCUGAGGUUUCUGCGAGCUGGCGUUCGCUCUUCUGGACGGCUGCGGGCAUGUCUCUUUUCGCCGGCGUCAUUCGCAUGAUGCUCCCCGAGAGCGAGGUGUUCUUGAGGGCGAAGGCUGCGAGGGUGCACACCGGGCAUUCGACGAAGAGCAAAACCAGAAUUUUCCUGCACGAGACGAAGGAGAUGUUGAAGAAGCACUGGAUACUCUGUAUUUAUGCCGUAUUAUUGAUGACUGGUUUCAACUUCCUUUCACAUGGGUCACAAGAUCUUUACCCCACUUAUCUGGAAAAGUCAAAAGGCUUCAGCACUCAUGAUGCCACUGUUGCAACCAUCAUCGGCAACUGCGUAAGUCCUACUUCCAGCGCGAUCGCCGGCUGGAUCAGUCAAUAUAUUGGUCGUCGGCUGACCAUAGUGAUUUGCGUCUGCCUCAUAGGAGUAUUCAUUCCCCUGUGGAUCGUGCCCAGCGGCUUCGGUGCCCUGUCAGCCGGUGCAUUCUGCAUCCAGUUUGGUGUGCAAGGGGCAUGGGGUGUGAUUCCAAUUCAGCUCGCCGAGAUGUCUCCACCGGGAUUCCGUGCGACGUUCCCUGGUGUCGCGUACCAAGUCGGAAACAUGGUAUCGUCUGCAUCCGCGCAGAUUGAAGCCACCGGAGGCAACCACCUCAAGACAACCAUCCCUGGCAGCAGCACCCCCGUGCCAGAUUAUGCCACAGUCCAGGGCAUCCUGAUCGGCGUCGUGUCCGCCUUCGUACUUGUCGUCACCAUCAUCGGCCCAGAAAACCACGGCUCGCACUUCGAGAAGCACAAGACUGCCAUCGAGGAGGGCGGCGGAAGCGACGAGGUGAUCGAGGACGAGGCGGACGAUGAGGCGAAAGAUAAGGCGCGCAACUCGCCGCGCCCGGACAGCAUCCGCGUCGAGGACGAAAAGCGUUCGUCGAGCGACGCUGCUUGAGCGUGCUUUCGUGUCAUUGCGAAGCCCGAUCGUUUCUGACGGCCUCACGACUUUGUUGUACGACCCGUUCACGAAUGUACAUUAGUUCUUUUACCUGUAUUUCAUCAAUUUUGUCGAUAAAUAUGCUGACAUUGUGCUGGGCAU